AAGAUCAUUCAUCAUCACGUCUUGACGGCAAUUGAAAAAAUGAGCUGGAGGUGGGAGGACUGCCGAGGAUUUUAGGGGAGCGUUUGAUUUCGUACAUCGCAGUCGCCUCCUUCGUUGCCUAAUUGGAAGAUGUCGUGUAUCGGCUACCCGAUUUCGCUAUCUUCGACUUCCACUGUCGUUCGGAAUUCGGUGUUUGGUUAUCAGUCAAAGUCGAAGUUUCUCCCUGUCCGAUGCGCUGUUGGAGAGUAUGUAGAAACACCAAAGGUUGCAAGCAUUGCGGAGCCCCUCUUACUGAAUGCUGUUCGUGGUGAGAAAGUUGAGAGACCUCCAGUUUGGCUGAUGCGGCAAGCUGGGAGGUACAUGAAGAGUUACCAGCAGAUAUGUGAAAAAUAUCCCUCAUUUCGUGAAAGAUCAGAAAAUGUUGAUCUUGUAGUUGAAAUAUCUUUGCAGCCAUGGAAGGUUUUUAAACCUGAUGGGGUUAUCUUGUUCUCUGAUAUCCUUACCCCUCUUCCUGGGAUGAGUAUACCAUUUGACAUUGUGAAAGGAAAAGGGCCACUUAUAUAUAGUCCUAUUAGAACUGCUGAAGAUGUAGAUCAAGUAACUGAGUUUGAUCCUGACAAGUUUGUUCCAUAUGUAGGGGAGGCACUGACUAUAUUGCGCGAAGAGAUUAAAGGUGAUGCAGCUGUUCUGGGUUUUGUUGGGGCUCCAUUCACCCUAGCAUCAUAUGUAGUUGAAGGUGGAUCUUCUAAGCACUUUUCGAAGAUAAAGAGACUGGCUUUCUCUCAGCCAAAGGUUUUACAUUCGCUAUUGCAGAAAUUUACAAACUCUAUGGCCAACUACAUCAGAUAUCAAGCUGACCAUGGGGCACAAGCUGUACAAAUUUUUGAUUCCUGGGCAACUGAGCUUAGUCCUGUGGACUUUGAAGAAUUUAGCUUGCCUUACUUAAAACAAAUUGUAGAUUCAGUCAAGAAGACCCAUCCGUAUCUACCUCUUAUCCUCUAUGCAAGUGGGUCAGGAGGCUUGCUUGAGAGACUACCAUUGACCGGCGUUGAUGUUGUGAGCUUGGACUGGACAGUUGAUAUGGCAGAAGGUAGGAGAAGGUUGGGAUCAGACAUUGCAGUUCAGGGAAACGUCGACCCUGGUGUUCUUUUUGGAUCAAAGGAAUUCAUAACUCAGCGUAUUAUGGACACGGUAAGAAAGGCAGGUACCAAUAGACAUAUACUGAACCUUGGACAUGGUAUCGUAGUAGGAACCCCAGAGGAAAACGUUGCCCAUUUCUUUGAAGUUGCAAAAGGGAUUAGAUACUGAACAUUGUUAUAUGCUAUUUGCAAUUGUCAGCUGAGGUUUAUUAUUGUUCUUUGCAUUGAUAAUUGAUUUGCAAUCAUAUUUGACAUGAACAAUUUUUCGGGUUGUGCUGUGAGUUUACUUGAGAAGCAAAAUUGCAUAUGCUGACACUUAUCCCGGUGUUUGUUGA